AUGGUUCCAACCAGUUCCCCAUUCCAAAGGUGGAUACUGGAGGAACAUGUGCCAACGGUUAAAAUUCCGGCACACAUCACAUAUGACGGUACUUCGGACCCGAAAGAUCACAUAGCCUCCUACGAGGGGCAUAUGUACCUUAACCCCAGGUCUGAAGCUACCUGGUGCAAAUACUUCCCUACAACCCUCAAAGGUGUUGCCCAAUCUUGGAUCACCAAAGGGUUGAAGGAAGGCUCGGUAACAGGCUUGAGCGAUCUGGCCAAUAAGUUCAAGAGCAAGUUUUCCACGUCUAAUCGCCGAGAGAAAACUACUGCGGAGCUCAUGGGCAUGCAGCAAGUGGAGGACGAAAGUCUCCGACAUUAUUUGACUCGCUUCAGCAACGAGUCGUCCGGAAUCACAAGUCUGGAUCAGAGCCUGGCCGUAUUCGCCCUACGGAAUGGCUUGCAAGCUGGAAAAUUUCUGGAUUUCAUGGUCAUGCAUCCCCCGCAGACCUUGGAAGAAGCCCUCGACGCUUCGGAUAAAUUCAUCCGAGUCGAGGAAUGGAACAAGGCAAAGCUGCAAUCUCAGUCAGGGCUUGUGAAGCCAAGAGGACAGCAGGCCGAAGUUCCAGGGUCAAGGAAAGGGAAGGCAAAAGCCUCAGAACCUCCCUCGACCACAGAGCCGAAGAAGGAUAAGGCUCCCUAUCUGGGGAAAUUUUAA